AUGCUAGGUGCAGACACAGAACACUUCGAGUCUACUACAUUAGCAGCUGGAACAGUUAGGUGCAUUGUCGAGGAAGACUCUUUGACCCUUGGCAGAGCAAAGCCAGGGGUCAGCGUCCCACCCCGGGCAGCAAAGCCAGGGGUCAGCGUCCCACCCCGGCAGCAAAGCCAAGGGUCAGUGUCCCACCCCGGCAGCAAAGCCAAGGGUCAGCGUCCCACCCCGGGCAGCAAAGCCAGGGGUCAGCGUCCCACCCCGGGCAGCAAAGCCAAGGGUCAGUGUCCCACCCCGGGCAGCAAAGCCAAGGGUCAGCGUCCCACCCCAGGCAGCAAAGCCAGGGGUCAGCGUCCCACCCCGGGCAGCAAAGCCAAGGGUCAGCGUCCCACCCCGGGCAGCAAAGCCAAGGGUCAGCGUCCCACCCCGGGCAGCAAAGCCAAGGGUCAGCGUCCCACCCCGGGCAGCAAAGCCAGGGGUCUGCAUCCCACCCCGGGCAGCAAAGCCAGGGGUCAGCAUCCCACCCCGGGCAGCAAAGCCAAGGGUCAGCGUCCCACCCCGGGCAGCAAAGCCAGGGGUUAG